AUGAGAAACGCCGCCGAGACCCUCAAAACCCUCCUCAACAACCCAUCACUGAUCAAAACGAGUUCUCAGGCCAAACAAGUCCAUGCGAACGCCGUCAAGCUUACCGAACUCGGUUCUCGCUCAUCCGAAUUAACCGGUCUAAUUAUCUCCGUCUACGCCGGUUUCGACCUCUUGCAGGACUGCCUCUCGCUCCUUACCACGUUUGGGUCGUCGCCUCCCCCGACCAAGGUCUGGAAGUCCAUCAUCAGAUGCUGCGCCUCGAACGGUGAUUUCGUGGGGUCCGUCGGUUUCUUCAAGGAAAUGUGGGCUUCCGGCAGAGGCCCGGCGGGGAAUAUGUUCCCUUCUUUGCUGAAAACCUGCGUCCAUUUGAGGGACUUGAGGCUCGGGGAGGCCGUGCAUGGCUGCACUGUCCGGGUCGGUUUGGAUGCUGAGCUUUUCACCGGAAAUGCUUUGAUGAAUAUGUAUGCCAAGUUGGAGCCGUUGGGUGCCCGCAAUGUGUUCGAUGGUAGGUUCCAUCCGAGACGACCGAUAAUUUUCAAGGAAAAAAACCAUCAUUCGAGAGAAAAUGUGAAAAAUGAAGAAGGGGUUGGUGCUGAUCAGAAUUGCAGGGGCGAUUUCGGACCAAAUGGUGGUACCGUGAUAGAUGGAGUUAAAAACGAAGUUUUUCCAAUGGAUAGUGUCAGGAAAGUGUUUGAUAAAAUGCCCGUUAAGGACGUUGUCUCUUGUAACACAUUAAUCGGAGGACUCUUGCAGAACGGGAUGGAGAUCGAGGCUCUCUCGACAGUGAAGCAAAUGGGAAACUCGAACGUGAAACCCGAUUCCUUCACACUUUCGAGCAUCCUCCCGAUGUUCUCGCAGCACGUGAAUCUUGCGAAGGGGAAAGAGAUACACGCAUACACAAUUAGACACGGUUUUGACAAAGACAUGUUCAUCGGGAGCAGCUUAAUCGACAUGUAUGCCAAUUGUUCACAAUUAGAGGACUCAUACAAGGUUUUCUCUUUGUCCCCUCACAAAGACAGCGUAUCUUGGAACUCGAUGAUGGCUGUUUGUGUCCAGAACGGGAGUUUCGACGAUGGGCUAAAACUGUUCCGAGAGAUGCUUGCAGCCAGAGUCGAGCCAGUGGCUGUCUCGUUUUCGAGCAUAAUGCCGGCUUGUGCCCACUUGACGACACUUUGUCUUGGUAAACAGCUGCACGGCUAUAUAAUCAGAAGGGGAUUUGAUAGUAACAUAUAUGUAGCCAGCUCCCUUUUAGACAUGUAUUCAAAGUGCGGAAACUUACGGGUGGCCAGGUGGCUUUUUGACAGAAUGGAAUCUCAUGACACUAUUUCUUGGACGGCCAUGAUCAUGGCGUAUGCACUGCACGGCAACGCGCGUGAGGCCAUUUACUUAUUUGAUCGGAUGGAAAAAAUCGAGGGUGUAAAGCCCACAUCCGCAUCGUUUCUUGCUGUCUUGACUGCCUGCAGCCAUAACGGCUUGGUUGACCGAGCUUGGGAAUAUUUCACGAGCAUGACUCGGGAUUAUUCGAUUUCCCCGUGCAUAGAUCACUAUGCGGCCAUCUCGGAUCUCCUCGGGCGAGCGGGGAAAUUAGACGAGGCUUAUAAAUUCAUCUCCGAGAUGAAAGUUGAGCCCACCGGGGUUAUUUGGUCCUCGCUUUUGUCAGCUUGCCGGGUCCGAAAAAAUGUUGAGCUUGCCGAGAGGGUUUCGAAAGAAAUGCUGAAAAUCGACCCGAAAAACGUGGGCGCGUACGUUUUGCUGUCGAACGUUUAUGUUGCUGCCGGUAGGUGGAGUGCGGCCACUAAGCUGAGGGUGAAAAUGAGAGGGAAAGGGUUGAGAAAGAAAGCGGCUUGCAGCUGGGUCGAGGUGAAAAACAAGCUGCAUGUUUUUGUCUCGGGAGAUGUGAGCCACCCGGACUAUUUGAGGAUAGAUGGUGCUCUACGGGACCUCAUGGAGAGGAUCGAACGAGAGGGUUAUGUUCCGGACACAAAUUCGGAUCUGCACGAUGUCGAUGAGGAGCAAAAGAAGUAUGUAUUGUCCACUCAUAGUGAGAGGCUCGCGAUAGCAUUUGGUGUCGUGAGUACGCCACACGGGACCACAAUUCGAGUGACCAAGAAUCUGAGGGUGUGUGUGGAUUGCCAUACGGCUAUAAAGUACAUGUCGAGGGUCUUGGGCCGGGAGAUUAUUGUAAGGGAUAUCGUGAGGUUUCACCAUUUCAAGGAUGGGGAGUGUUCGUGCCGGGAUUAUUGGUGA